AUGAAGCAACUUUCUCUUGGAAUACGUCUUGGCAUAUAUGUUACUCUUGGCUUCAUUGAAGGCUUAUGUUUCUUUGGUGCGGUGGUAUUUUUGGUGAUAAGCGGCCUUCGAGCAUCAGAAAAUCUCCAUACUCCUUUAUUACACCGUUUGUUGCGUUCAUCAAUGUCAUUCUUUGAUACAACACCUAUCGGACGUAUUUUAAAUAGGCUUGGCAAGGAUAUCGAUGUGAUUGAUCAGUCACUGCCAAUAAGUUUUCGCUACUUCAUUUACUGCAUUGAAAACGUUACGACCAUAUUAAUUAUAAUAAUUAUAUCGACACCUAUUUUUGUCGUUACUAUUAUACCUCUUGCACUUUUCUAUUAUUUUUCUCUGCAUUUCUACCUUCCAACUUCGCGGCAGAUGAAACGAUUAGAAAGUAUCAAUCGUUCGCCAAUUUAUCAACAUUUCGAAAAAACAGUUCGUGGACUUAUGUAUAUAAGAGCUUUUGAAAAGGUGCAAGAAUUCUGCAAGUUAAUGGAAACACACAUUGAUUGUUUCAUGCGUUGUAAAUAUUCUAAUAUUUUAUCGAAUCGCUGGUUAGCAGUACGAUUGGAGUUUAUCGGGAAUUGUGUCGUACUUUGUGCAGCGUUGUUUGCAGUUCUCUCGCAGCAUUGGGGAGCUGCAUUGAGUGCCGGAAUUGCAGGACUUAGUGUUAGCUACGCUCUAAAUAUUACGGAAGCGCUAAAUUUUGCUGUACGAUAUAUCAGUGAAUUGGAAAUGAAUAUAGUAGCUGUUGAACGCAUAAAAGAAUAUGCCGAGAUAGCAACCGAAGCAGAAUGGAGAGUCGAUCACUUCAAGCCAGAGAAAGAUUGGCCUUCAAAAGGACAGAUAUUAUUAAAAAACUAUUCAACGCAGUAUAAUCCCAACCUUGAUUUGGUUUUACGUCAGUUGAAUGCUUCCAUUGCGCCAGCUGAAAAAAUUGGCGUUGUUGGUCGUACAGGCGCAGGUAAAAGUUCCUUAACAUUAGCAUUGUUCCGAAUUAUUGAACCCAUCCAAGGUGCAAUUAUUAUUGAUGGCGUCGAUAUUUCACUUAUAGGCUUGCAUGACCUUCGCUCGAAUCUUACAAUCAUUCCACAGGAUCCCGUCCUAUUUUCGGAAACACUCCGAUUUAAUUUGGAUCCAUCUCAGGUCUAUUCUGAUCAGGAAAUAUGGGCAUCUUUGGAGUUGGCUCAUUUGAAAACAUUUGUAUCAAGUCUUCCUGGAGGUUUGCAGUAUCAGAUCAGCGAGGGAGGCGAGAAUAUUAGUAUUGGACAACGACAACUCAUUUGUUUGACUCGUGCACUUCUUCGCAAGAGCAAAGUCAUAAUCUUAGAUGAAGCUACAGCUGCUGUAGAUUUAGCAACUGAUUUAUUAAUUCAGGAAACAGUUCGUCGUGAAUUCCAUAGCUCAACUGUUCUAACCAUUGCACAUCGUUUGAAUACCAUAAUCGAUUGCGACAGAAUAAUAGUCCUUGAAAAUGGCUUAAUUCGAGAAUUUGAUUCACCACAGAAUUUACUCGCCAGUCGCUCUUCAAUCUUUUUCUCCAUGGCAUGUGAUGCUCAAAUUGUCUCUUAA